UUCAUUAAUCAAAAAUUCAAUAAUUAAAAAUUUUAGCUUGUUAUUAAUUACACGAUUUUCUCACACGAUAAAGCAUAAACAAUUUCAAGGCACUGUGAAUCAGUUCUUAGUUUAUUCAUAAUAUCAUAACAUAACAAUUUGCCGGGUCGUUGUUAUGAGAUAAUGUGGGGCUUGUGAGCUUGCUCUACGUGUAGGCAUGUCGCGCUUAUUACGGAUUUUAGUAUGAACUAUUGUGUAAAGUUAUUGCUUCGUGCGCCAAUCGCAAGCUUCAACGAGCCAAAGCUUAUCGGGUCGGAAGUGUUUUACGAUCAUUGAGCUCCAGUUUGAAUGCGUUGGAGCUAUUCGCGUUAGUUCGACGAUCUCAUAACGCGUCCGUGUUUCAACAUGCGUUGGCCACUCUUCUGGUGCCUGGCAUGCUUGCUUUCACCUACAAUUUGUGCUUCAGACUCAGAUGACCAAUCGGAAAAUCCUGAUGUGGUAGUGGUGACAGUGGGUACAGAGGAUACCCAUGGGUUGCAGAGAUUUGAAAGAUCGGCACGUAUCUACGGCCUUCAUGUGGAAGUACUAGGAAGAGGGACGGCAUGGCGUGGAGGUGAUAUGAAGAGACCCGGCGGGGGUCACAAAGUCAACUUACUGCGGGAUUGGAUCAACCAGGCCUAUGAUAACCUGGAUAGCGACACCCUAGUAAUCUUCACUGACAGUUACGACGUGAUACUUCUUGGGGGCGCUGACGAGUUAAGGGAACGGUUUCUUGCGGCACGUCACAGGAUUAUAUUCGCGGCGGAACCAUUCUGUUGGCCCGACGCCGGCCUCGCAGCUCGAUACCCCCCACCGGACACAUCAACGCCCAGCCCUUACUUAAACUCUGGCGGGUUUAUCGGACGUCUUGAAGAUUUAAGGCGGUUGAUUCGAGCUGCGGAUAUAGACGACAAUGCGGAUGACCAGUUACAUUACACACGGCUCUAUUUGGAUCCUAAAGUUCGAGCUGAUUUGGACAUCGUGUUAGACCAUAAUGCUACAAUAUUCCAGACUCUUAAUGGCGCUCUAUCGGAUGUAAAGCUCCACAGUACGGAAGAAGGUUGGGCUUGGCUAGAAAACGUUGUGAGUGGUACUCGACCGUUGAUCUUGCACGGCAAUGGGCCCGCUAAGCUGGAAUUGAAUGCCUUGAGCAAUUACCUACCACGUGUAAGAACACCAGACAGGUGCCACAUCUGUGAAGAGUUGAAAAAGCCCCUAAAAGAUGAACCACGAGUGCUUUUGGCGGUAUUCAUUGAGCAGCCGACGCCAUUUUUGGACGAAUUUCUGCAGAGUAUACUGGAUAUUGACUAUCCUAAGGACAAAUUGGAGCUACUUGUACGAAACAACGUGGAAUACCAUGAAACGACAGUGGAUACUUGGUUUUCGCGAGUAUCCGGCCAAUACGCGAGCAGAAAGCGGCUCCGGCCGGCCGAUCAGUUGCCGGAACAUACGGCCCGGAUGAUAGUACUCGAACGUGCGACGGCCGGAGCCAGUUCCUAUGUGUUUAGCGUGGAUUCUGUCGCACGAGUUACCCCUAACACGUUGAGGAGCUUGUUGGAAAGUGGCGUUGAUGUGGUGGCCCCGUUUUUGUCCCGCCCCGGCGAAGCUUGGUCCAACUUUUGGGGUGCGUUGUCCCCGGAUGGGUACUACGCGCGAGCGCAUGAUUAUAUGGACAUCGUUAGUGGUAAACUAAGGGGAUUGUGGAAUGUUCCAUUCAUAAGCAACUGUUAUCUAUUGAAAGUCGAUUUGUUCAGACAGCCAAGUCUCAAAGAAGUCACUUUUAAAGUGGAGGGCCGCGACCCAGAUAUGGUAUUCUGCGAGAGUCUUAGAGAACGGGGUGUCUUUAUGUACGUUAACAAUGAAGAACCGUACGGGCAUUUGAUAAAUCCGGAAUGGUUCGACACUCGCCACACCAAUCCAGACAUUUACGAAAUCAUUCAUAAUAGACAAGAGUGGGAGGAUCGCUACAUUUCCCCUGAAUACUGGCAGAGCUUGGAAAAGACAUAUGAGCCGUCAAUGCCAUGUCCUGACGUUUAUUGGUUCCCAGUGGUGACUGCACGGUUCUGCAAGGAGUGGAUCGAAAUUAUGGAGGCGUAUGGAAAAUGGAGCGACGGGUCCAACAAGGACACUCGUUUAGAAGGAGGGUACGAAGCAGUACCGACUCGUGAUAUUCAUAUGAAGCAAGUUGGUUUGGAGACUCAAUGGUUGAGGUUCCUCAAGGAUUACAUAAGACCUCUCCAAGAGAAGACCUUCCUUGGCUACUAUCACGAUCCACCGGUUUCAUUAAUGAACUUUGUGGUGCGAUACCGACCUGAUGAGCAGCCAUCGCUAAGACCUCACCAUGAUUCUUCAACGUACACUAUCAAUUUGGCGUUGAACACUGUGGGAGUGGAUUAUACUGGUGGUGGAUGCAGGUUUAUCCGUUACAACUGCUCAGUACAGGAUACAAAGCGUGGAUGGAUUCUAAUGCACCCUGGAAGACUUACACACUAUCACGAGGGUCUGAAGGUCAUAUCUGGUACACGGUACAUCAUGAUAUCCUUUAUUGACCCAUAGAUGUAAGGUUAUUGUAAGGUUCAGGGGUCAAUCAAAUUUAGUAUCGUUUAUUAGGUAUGUUAAUGCAAUUAGAUAUUUUGGUUCCCGUAGGAAAGUGUUACAUUUAAGAUAUUUCUUAAUUUUUUUUCUGAUUUAUUAGGCCUUAAGCGAUGAACUCAAAAACUCAUGAUAUUCUAAACUAAAGUCUAGAUUUAAGAUUUUAUUUCGAAGUCUGACAUAUUUGAUAGUGUCCUAGAUUGUGACUAUUAAGAAAAGAAUCUUUAGACGUGCAUAGAAUAGAUUUAGAAAUAACAAUAUUAGAUACAUCGUAUAGAUUGAAUAAUACAAAUAAUUCGAUAUUGUUAUAUUUUUACGUGAUAACGUCUUAUAAAUGGAUGAACGCCGGCUGCACGAAAAACAAUGACUCAUUGUCACGUUCCGCCUGAGCGGAGCGUGCAAGCGAGAGCGCGGAACAAGCGAUAGAGAGGCACGAUCGGCCUAAACGUUUGGCUUGUGACGCAUUUAUCUCUCUUCCACUCCAUCGGCCGAUGCGUCCGAGUAAGAGACAGCGGCAGCGCACAACCUAUACGUAAACUGUUUUGUCAACUGUUUAUAAAGUGAAAUGAAAAGUAAAUGUCAAUUCCUUUGUUUAUUACAACAACAAUUGCAGCAAAAUAUGUAAAAAAUUCUUGCAUUUUAAGAGUUUGACUAGCAAUAUAAUCUCAAAUAUUUCUUCUUUGAUUAUUAAAAAAAUAUAUUUGAAUGGAAGAGUGCAAAGAUAUGUUAAUUUCACAUAAAUAUAUAGUUAUCAAUUAACUCCUUUAUAUUAUAAAAAUUGUGAUAAUAAUUCAAUUCAAUUCAUAAAGGUUGCAAUUUUUCACCAAGAGUUUUCUUAUGACAUUAUCACGUAAAAUUAUCGCCCGCACAGACAACCAAUUUUUUUUUAAUAAUGUUUUUAAUUUAAGUUUUAAGUUUAACUCAAAUGUUUUCUAUUUAAGUGUUAAUGCAAUUUGACAUUUAUGUAUGCUUUUACCAAAGAUGUAUGCGAUGUUAUAUGAAAUACAUGUAUUAAUUUUUA